AUGCCACCUUGCUCCAGGCCGAAUAAACCCUCCUUCCUCCUGGAUUUGGUGUCUGAGAGAUCUGUUUGCCGCAGCCGCUCCUGCUACAUUUUUGGACUCCCUGCCCCAGGGCUGGAAGCCUUGGCAUCCCCACCAGAGCCGCACACCCCUAAAUCCCCCAGACAAAAGAGAGUGUGGAAAAACUCCACCAAUUGCUGCCCACUUCCUGGAGGAAACUCCCCCUCUGGCAGCCCGUCUGUGACCCAAGGCCGGGGUGCAGAUGCCUUUAAGAGGUGUUCUCGGCUGUCCCACCCUCCCCUAGCCAUCGGCACGCACACUGUGACCAAGAACGAGAAGUCCCUCAACCAGUGCCUGGCCAAGUGGAAGCGCUUCAUCUACAACCCCACCACCGGAGAGUUCCUGGGGCGCACCGCCAAGAGCUGGGGUUUGAUCUUGCUCUUCUACCUAGUUUUUUAUGUGUUCCUGGCCAUACUCUUCUCAUUCAUGAUGUGGGUUAUGCUUCAGACUCUCAACAAUGAGGUUCCAAAAUAUUGUGACCAGAUUCCUAGCCCAGGACUUACGGUUUUUCCAAAACCAGUGACUGCAUUGCAAUAUACAUUCAGUGUGUCUGACCCAACUUCCUAUGCAGGGUACAUUGCAGACCUUAAGAAGUUUCUAAAACCAUAUACUUUAGAAGAACAGAAGAACCUCACAACCUAUCCUGAUGGAGCGCUUUUUGAACAGAAGGGUCCAGUUUAUGUUGCGUGUCAGUUUCCUCUUUUGUUACUUCAAGCUUGCAGUGGUAUGAGUGAUCCUGAUUUUGGCUACUCUAAAGGAAAACCUUGUAUUCUUGUGAAAAUUAACAGAAUAAUUGGAUUAAAGCCUGAAGGAGUGCCAAGGAUAGACUGUGUUUUCAAGAAUGAAGAUCAAACAAAUAUAUCACAUCCUCAUAAUGGAAUUAUAGAAAAAUAUUUCCCAUAUUAUGGGAAAAAAACUGCAUGUGUGCUGAAUGAUGUACAGAGUCUAGAAGAAAAAAGCCCAAAUCUUGUGCACAUUUAA